ACGUGGGGAGAAGUAGAGCAAACAGCAAAGUGGAGCUUCUCCACGUGAACUGAUGUGGCCAUGUCGUCGGCGCAGGAACCAGAGGUCCAGUUCGCACAGAGAUUGGCCUCCAACGAGAAACCCAUCCGGACCAAAGCGAUAAAGAAACUGAGGAAGUACAUAAAUGUCAGAUCACAGAAGGAAAAAGGUGGAUUCACAGGUGAUGAGCUGCUCAAACUAUGGAAGGGUCUGUUUUACUGUUUGUGGAUGCAGGACAAACCACUGCUACAGGAGGAACUUUCGAACCAAAUCUCCAGCCUGAUCCACAGCUUCCAGCAUGUUGAUGGACAGUUGUCAUACUUUGAGAGUUUCCUGCAAACCUUCAAACGAGAGUGGACUGGCAUCGACCGGCUGAGGAUGGACAAGUUCUUCCAACUGGUCCGCUUCAUGUUCAGACAAACUUUUGAACUUCUGAAGAGAAAAAACUGGGACAGCAGCGUGGUGUCCAGGUUUCUGGAGCUGCUGACUGCCCAGCUCCUGCAGAGUGGCAGUGAGGCGCCCAGCGGGCUGCAGUUCCACAUCCUGGACCUUUACAUGACUGAGCUGGCCACUGUGAGCUCAGCAGAGCUCACUGCUGAUCAGAACUUGAUAUUCAUCGAGCCGUUCUGCAAAACAGCAGCUAAGACAAAGGAUCGGGUUCUUUUCGGAGCCAUCUGCAACAGCAUCUUCAGCUCCAUCAUUGAUCAGGCUCCGUUUGCCAUUGAGGAUUUAAUGAAGGAGAUCAAAGGAGCUCAGGAGUCUGACUCUGAUUCAGGACAGGCCUCUGAAGAGGAUGAAGAGGAGCAAAUGGCAACAAGAAAGCCUGCCAGUAAGAAAGGAAAGCAGAUUAACGGUAAAAAAUUAAAUGAUAUUGAGGGAGAGGAUGAUGAAGAGGAUGAAGAUGAGGAUGAUGAUGAACUUCCUGAGUUAGACGACUCUGACAUGGAGAUGCCACGUGAUGAAAACGUCGGACCAGUCCUUCAGUUUGAUUAUGCGGCCCUGGCAAACAAACUGUUCGAGUUAGCCAGCCGGAGCAACACACCAAGCCACAACAGGCAGAGACUCUACAAGAUCAUCAAAGUGCUGCGUGACCUCAGUGAAGGCGUCUUCCCCCAAGACGAGUACCCGGAGGAGGUAUCAACAGACGAGGACGACGAUGAUUUUGGCAGCAGAAGAAGGAUGAAGAAACGAAGACGGAACAGGGAGGAGGAGGAAGAAGAGGAGGAGGAGGCACCAGCUGCCAAGAAGAAAAAAGGAAAGAAAAAGAAGACGCCAACACAAGAGGAAGCAAAUAUAGACUCUGUAAAAGAUGAGAGUAAAGCAGCAGCAGAAGGGACUGCAAAUGAUGGGAAGAAAAAGAAAAGGAAGAAGAAGAAGAAAAAGAAAGAACAGGUAGGGGCUGCUGAUGCUGAGGAGAAUAUAAAAACAUCCGAACAGGGGGAGAUCAUCGUUCAGGAUCAGAGUGCAAGCGAAGAGACUGAAGGAGCUAAAACCGAGAGUUCACAAGAAGCAGAGAAACAAACAUCAUCUGUUAAGGUCACUGAAAGAGACUCUGCAGAUGGACAGCCAGAAACUCUGCUCCUCUCCGAUGUGAAGACACAGCCAUCAGUUACAGUCACAGAAGAAACAAGCCAGCAAACCCCCGACUGCAAGGAGCAACCUGAAAAAUCAUUAAAGAGCAAGAAAAUGAAGCAGAAACUGGAGGAAGAAGAGGAGCUGCAGAUCUGUCAGAGUACAGAGAUUUCCUCCGAAGCUGUUUCGGAGAAGAAGAAAAAGAAAAAGAAGGCCUCGCAGUCGCAAACGGAUGAGGCUAUGGCUGAGUCUAAAAAAGGUGAAAUAAGGACAGAAACACCAGAGACUGAAACAGAAACUCCAGCCAAGAAGAAGAAAGGCCUAAAGGAGGAGGUAGGCCUUAAGGAGGCUGAUGGUAAAUCAGAAUUAAAUGGUGCAAGCACAGAAGCAGAUGUCCCAGUUUGCGAGGAAAACAGAAUAACUGAUUCUACAACUGCAGCAAAGAGGAAGAAGAAGAAAAAGAAGCAACAAUCUGCUAAUGAGGAGGAGGAACAAAAGGUCGAGGCUGUCACUGAGGGAGAGGGAGAAGAAGUCGAUACUGAAGUCCCACAAGAUGAGACAGUGGUCCCACGUAAAAAGAAGACAAAGAAGCGAGCUGAGCAGGUGGAAACAACAGCUGAGGCUGCACAUGAAAACUCCGCUACCCCCCUAAAGAAGAAAUGGAAAAAUAACAAGGAAGAAUCAGAAGAAGUGGAAGGACGAGCAGCUGAGACAGAAACAACUCAGGUGUUGGAAGCUGAGAAACCACCGUGUGAGACAGAGACACCUGCAAAGAAGAAGAAGAAAAAGAGUGGGAAGCAGCUGGUGAUAGAAGCUGAAGUAGAUGACAUCAAUGAUUCAUCGAGGUUGCAGGUGGUUGGCAGCGAAGACGCAGUGCUCCCACUGGGAGAAUCUGAAGUUCUCUCCUCCUCUGGGAAACUGGCCAAAAAGAAGAAGAGGAAGAUUCCCGUGGUGUUUGAGUUUGAGGCAGACGAGCUGGAGGCAGCGGCAUUGAUCAACGGCCUCAACCAGGAGGAGUCAAACGAAGGCAGUGAUGUGGGCGGGCAGUCAACUCCUCUAGCUGCUAAAAAGUCAAAAAAGAAGACGAAGACGUCCUCAGGGAGUGAUUUCAUCACAUUUCAGAACAAGGCUGCUGUCCCAAUGCCGCUCUUCUUCAAAACGAAGGGAGGCCCCGGAACCCCUCUGUCCAGCAAGAAGAAGAGUCAGACUCCCAAAUCUGAGUCCAAGAAGGUGACAUUUGGCCUUAAGAACAACAAGACAGCCGAGUUUAGAAAGACCGACCGCAGCCUGUUGGUUAGUCCAGACGGCUCGUCCCGAGUGCCCUUUGACCCCGAGCAGAAACCCAAAUUUGGGGUGUUAAAGUCUCCGCCUACUCCGCUCUCCUCUAAAGUGAGAAAGACCCCCUCCAGCCUAAAGAAGACCAAACUCAAUCCUUUAAAAAACACGCCUAAAAGACGACCAUCAGCAGCAGAUUUCUUCUAAAAGUCAACCCUAUAGACUGUUGAAUAGGUUUAAUGGACUGAUUUACACAUUUCUGAUUUAUAAAGAGGUAUUUUUAUGUUUAUCUGUUAUCAGUGUUUCCUCUCUGAGUGACUCCAUGUUUAAUAAAGUUACUCCUUCCAGUUUUCCAAUUUUA